AUGUAAUUUUUAACAUUCUAUAUUAUUCAAAUUGGCUGUAAUUUACAUAAACGUCACUACCCAUGAUGCAUUUCGUUACAUCCAGCCACCAACGGUAACGUAGAACCUUUCGGAUUGAAACUCAAAUCACGGGCGGGAGGAGAGCGGCUCGGUCGGCUCGUGCAGCUGCAGCGUCUCAAACUAAACGUUUUUAAUAUAUUUUUAAUCGUCGACAUACUUUAUAUAUAUUUUUUGCCCAAACCGAAGAGGAGACAACCACCACCAGCGGUAUCGACGAACGUUAACACGACUAAAAGUUACCGAGGACCGACGUCGAUUCAACAGCUCAAAGAUGAUCAUCAAGGCGCAGAAGCGCAAACACCCACCGGAGGACGGGGAGGAGUCCGACCGGAGCAGCCCAACCUGGGAGAGCCAGCGGCAGUUUGUGUUCUCCGUCUCCCUCAACAAGUACCAGAGCGGCCAGGUGCUGCCCGAGCCCAGCCUCCGGCGCUCCGUGCUCAUCGCCAACACGCUGCGGCUCAUGAGCCUGGAAGACAGCGUGGCGCCAUCUGCGGACAUGGAGGUGUCCCCGCCACCCUGCGACUCUCCGCUGGGCCCCCAGAGGGCUUUCGCCGGGGACGCGGCGAUGUCCUGCGAAAGCCCCUCGGCGCUUGGCGGCUGCCCUCUGGGUUCUGUGAAUAGCGCCGCUAGCAGGUGUUCCAUGAACUACCAUCCGGGACCAUCUAAUGUCUUGCUGCCUGUUAGAGAGGAAGACGAGGACUGGGGAUCGAUGUCCACGGACUCCGAUUACUCCCUCUCAGCCGCCAUCACCUCCAUUCUUACGGCGCUGGACUCCAUCAUUGACGGGAGCCCGCAGGCAGCUCCACGGACGCCUCUCAGGUCCUUGGAGAACCUGAUGGGCCCUUGCGAGGGAGCCGUGGCGUGGGCCAAACAGGGAGGCAGGGGUUAUGCAGGAAGCUGGGAGCAGCAGGUAGAGUCCAGCGAUCUUUUUCAGGAUAUAGACACAUCCCUGCUGGAGAGGGACAUGGGUGUGCUUGGGCUCAUAGGCAGUGGGGGUGGAUACCAGGCUAGGGACGACUUUUACCAGUAUCUGCCCCCUUUCUCCUCCCCUUACACCCCCUGUCCCUCUCUAGCAACCAGGAUCUAAGAUGUCUGCGUUCGUUCUCCCUUUUCAGCACAUUUUCAUCCGCAUCCGCUCUUUCCUAGCCACUCAUCUCCAGUCAUGAGGCCAUUUGGGAAAACGUUCUGUGCGGUAAACCAGAUGAUUCUUCUUAAUGGCAAUGAGUCAGUGAAUAACAGCUGAAAAUCAGUGUACCAGUUUCAAGUGCGACAGCUAAUUGGAACAAAUGAAAGGUGUGAUUAAAAUACAGAAUUCAUUGAAUAAAUGAGACAAUAGUCUCACUCUACAAGGCGUCAAAGGCACCACAGCUCCAAGGAAUCCUGCAUGCACAUCAAACUACCAGUUAAUGUGUUGUCUGAAAAAAUGUUAAUGGGAGUGUGAGAGAAUGCUGUUUGUUUGAAAGAGCAUUUGAAACACUAAUUUUAUAGGUCAAACUUCUGUGAAGAAAUCUUUUCACCUUACUUAUCAGCAAGUUAGAAUGAUGUUGUCAGGUGAUGAGAUUGGGUCAGGGGUUCUUUUUUUCCCCGUGAAAUAAAUCCAUAUGCACCGAUCAAAAAGAGCCUUUACCGCCUUUUAAUCGAGGCUUUUAGUCAAAGAGCGCUCAUACUAGAGUUUGUACACAGCACAACCAUGUGGCUAUUGCUAUGGUACAAAGUAACUAUCUCAACUGGAGUCACAACCGCCUUGCGAUGGCUUCUGUUGUACAGAUGUGAAUCUAUAUAUAUAUUUUUGUAAUCAGUCCCGGCGGGUGCUUAGCAUCAUGCUGUGAGCCUCGUUGGCAGAUGGGAGUCUACGUGGCGCUGUAAGCAGCCGUUCACUCAUCUGCAGGUCCGCCCGUCCCACUGGGCUUCAAACGUUAGGUCUGGUUUAGAGAUGAAUUAUUGCACUUUUGUUAAUACGAGUUGGUUUUACCGUGUCAUUUCUACAUGUUAAGCAAUGGUAAUAUUGCAGGUCCAAUGAGUUAAUACAAACCCAUAAAGGGGACUACUGUUACGUGUACGGUUCGUGUAUGUUCUGGGGGGGGGAGGGGGGGGGGUUAAGGAGACGGGAGCAGAAUCCGCUGUACGUGUUGGUCCUGCAUUCAACACUCAGAGGGAGCACGCGACACUGGUCACUCAGGUUUUUGUACUUUCGUUCCACCUCUGCAACAGUUGCUUUCUGUUCAAAGGUCCUUUGUGAAUAGCUGGACUGCAGUCUCACACUAUUUAUGAAUGUUGUAUUCUUUGUUAAGAUGGAAUGUCAUACAAUGUUUGCCAAUUUCCUAAUGCUAUAUUAAUUUACGGUCAUGUCAUUUUCUCUCAUUUGUUACAAAUUAUUUUUAAUGAUUUCGACAUUGAGGGCAGAAUGCCUGGACUCUUUUCUUUUCCAAAAAAAGGCAAUUGUCUUUAUUUAUACCAAUGUUUUUAAUAAAAUAAAAAAAUAAA